AGAGUCCAAACUGCCAAACCGCCGUAGCACGAGAGACAGUACACGAGACCUUCCCGCGUCCUCCUCCUCCGGCCACGUCGACGUCGCACCAACCGCCGCCGCCGCCGCCGCCGGCGACCUUCACAUGACGCGCCGCCAUGGGAUGCAUCCUCGGUAAGCUCGCCGCCGCGCCAGGCUCCUCCCUCUUCUUCCCCGCGGCCGCCGCUGCCUCCGGCGCCGGAGGAGGAGGAGGAGCGGGCGAGGUGCAGCUCGCGGCGCCGCAGCCGGAGAAGAUCGCGGCGGUGCAGAAGGACGAGAGCGGGUGGCCGCUCUGGCUCUCCUCCGCCGCCGGCGACGCGCUCGCCGGCUGGGCCCCACGCAGCGCCGACGCCUUCCACAAACUUGAGAAGAUAGGGUCGGGGACGUACAGCAACGUGUACAAGGCGAAGGAGGUGGAGAGCGGGCGGGUGGUGGCGCUGAAGAAGGUGAGGGUGGAUGGCGUGGGCGAGGCGGAGAGCGCGCGGUUCAUGGCGCGGGAGAUCGCCCUCCUCCGCCGCCUCGGCGACCACCCCAACAUCGUCCGCCUCCGCGGCCUCGUCACCUCCCGCCUCGCCACCGCACCUUCCCUCUACCUCGUCUUCGACUACAUGGACCACGACCUCACCGGCCUCGCCGCCGCCGCCCUCGCCGCCGACCAACGCUUCUCCUUACCCCAGGUAAAGUGCUACAUGAAACAGCUACUGACUGGGAUUGAACACUGCCACAACAAGGGUGUUCUGCACCGAGACAUCAAGAGUUCCAACCUCCUUGUCAGUAACGAUGGAAUCCUCAAGAUAGCUGAUUUUGGGCUCGCCACUUCUUUUGAUCCUGAUAACAAGGAGCAGCCCAUGACUAGCCAAGUGAUCACACUUUGGUAUCGUCCACCUGAACUCUUGUUAGGUGCUACUCACUAUGGCGUCGGUGUUGAUCUCUGGAGUGUGGGUUGCAUACUAGCAGAAUUGCUUCUCGGCGAGCCUAUAUUCCCAGGGAGAACAGAGGUGGAGCAAUUGCACAAAAUCUUCAAGUUAUGCGGCUCUCCGUCAGACGAUUACUGGGAGAAAAUGAAGUUCCCACAUGCUUCAUUCAGGACAUAUGAGCGAUGCAUCGCGGAGAAAUUUAAAGAUGUGGCACCAUCUGCACUAUCACUUCUUGAGACUCUCCUGUCUAUUGAUCCUGACAUGAGAGGCACAGCAACUGAUGCUCUCAACAGUGAGUUCUUCAGGACAGAACCAUAUGCCUGUGAACCAUCAAGCCUUCCCCGGUAUCCACCAUGUAAAGAAAUAGAUGUGAAGUUGAAGUAUGAGAAGCAUAAAAGGAAACUGAGGGCUAAUGGUUCAGUAGAACGUCAGACCACAGCAAGAAAGCCCAUGUCACAAAAUCCUGGGCGCAGAGUAUUUACUCCAGAUGUCAAUAAUAAGCCUCAAGCUAAACCAAAUAUCCCAAGAUUGGUGACAAGCACAAGCACAACAAAACUCGAGAGGUUUCCUCCGCCUCACCUAGAUGCGUCAAUCGGGUUUAGUCUCGAUUCAUCGGCUGAUGUUUCCACGGAACAGUUCUUCACAUCAUCAGUUGUGGAGCUAAAGAAGAUGCCUAGCCUAAUAUUUGGCCACAUGAAGUCUUACCUGAAUAGUCCAAAGAAGAACACACACAAGGCAAAGCCAGGCCUCAGUAUGCCACCUUCCGCUGUUCUCAUUGGCGCUUUCAAGCCAUAUUCGCUUGGGCAUCCAAUGGAGGUGAGAAGGAAGAACAGGGAUCAGUUCAGAACCAAAGGAAGAAAUUCAGUAGGUGCAGUCAAAUGACAAGCUAAUUAUAUUCAUCUUUAUUUUUUUGGCCCUCACAUCACAGUAGCUGUUCAUUUAAAUCUGCAAAUGAUAGGCAAUACCUGUAUAGUUCAGAGAGUAUAUGAAAGGCGAGUUGUGAAUAAUGCAUUCAUGUAUGAUAGUUCACAAAAUUUCACUGGAAAUCAUAGGCAGUUCAGUAAAAAAAAAUCAAGAACGUGGUAGACCCUGAA